AUGAGAACUCUUGAAAAAAAUAUACUAUUUUUGAUGAACUCGACACCCUUGAGGCUAUCGGCUCAACUAAUACGAUGUCCAUAGUUUUAAGAAAUUGUCAGAGCCAUUUAAGAAAGAACUUAUUUAUCUUAACUUCCCCCCCAUCCUUGAUCGAACGGCUCGCCAUCGUUCGAUCAAGAAGGAUGCGGGUUAAAAAAAAAUUAUAUAUAAAAACAAAUAUAUUUUUAUAUAUUUUUUUAUUUACUUUUAAAUAAGAGGGUUAAGAAUAUUUAAUAAUUAUUUUUAUAGCAAAAAAAUUGAAUUAAUUUUCAUAAAAAUACAAUUUUUAAUAUUUUGAUUUAUUAGUAGCCCCUUUAAACUGUAUAAAUUUUAAUUUGUUCCUUAUUAAAUUAAAUUAAAAUUUUUUUUUUAAAAAUUUUAAAGAAUCUCUAUUUUUUAGAUUAUUGAGUUUUUAAACAUAAGUUGAUAACUAAAUCACUUCGGAUGGUUGAUUUCGUAGCUUUCUGUCGUCUCAAAGUUUCAUUAUGUACAUUUUCUCAAGCUUUUGAUAACUAAAUAUAUUUUUAUAUAUAUAAAAAUUUGCAUAUGAAAAUCGUUCAAUCAAGGAUGGGGGUUAAUUUCCCCAAUUUUUAGGAAUUUUUACAGUCAAUCGUUCGAUCAAGGAUUGGGGGAGUAAGCAAAAGCUCUACUGGGAUCAAAGGGCUGGUCUUGCAGGUGGAAUUCAGACAAAAAAAUAUCCGAUGUGUUGAAGCAAAGCGUAAAGGCUGGCCUUAUCAUACACAAAUAAAAUGGCGACGACACCGACCCGUCCUCUCCCGGAACUGAGGCGAGAUUGGGGAUCUUGCUGCGGCCUGAAACCAAUCCGCCCAGGGAAAGGUCUGGAAUGGGUACUGGUAGUUUGUGUCCGGCUAGGUUUCCCUCCCAGUCUAACAACGACGAUCUUAGGGUCGUCCCGAUAGGACACGGGGCAAAAAGGGUUUUUCCUCUAGGGACUGCCUAGUGCCAAUUUGGAGGGCAAGGCAGGAGCCAACAAGAGCUAAGGAGUUAGUCCUUAGCUCUAACCCUAGUCUGGCGACGUGAAGCACGGUGACCCAGUCCGCCUACUUCCGGGAUAGCAUGACCAAGCCCCAUGACCGGAAGGAGCUGAGUGGUAGCCCGUGGCACUUAGGUGCACACUGGGAGCAGGGCAAGGAAAGCAAGCGAGGCGUCCAAAAGGCGGAAGAAAAGGACCUUCGGUCCUGGCCGGGAGCUACUCUAUAAAUUUAACUAAGACUAAGGCUGGCCUUAUCAUGAUUUCCAAGACCUUGACAUAACGGGAUCUAAGUAUUGAAUACUUCUUGCAAAGUAUUAUUUCGAUCUGACCGGGACAUUUGUUAGCUAUAAACCAUUUUAGCAAGCCAAAAAUGUCUGAAAUUUAAAAAUCUGAUUAGGUGGCUAAAUAAUUAAAUUCAUAAAUAAUGAGCCUCCCUAAAGCAAUACAAACAGAUUUAAUAUUGCCUUCUCAAAAUGAAUUACCUGUAAUGAGAGAUACAAACAUAAAUUUACCCGAAUUUCCUUUUCUUCCCAGUCAAUUUACUGAAAUAUGAGAACCCGAAGAUACAAUGACAGCAGAAAUGUGCACGCUUUCAUUCAUCCAAACAAUGCACCGUAAGUUCGAAAUGGUAUUAGAAAUUAAUUUCCCAAUAAGCCAGCGAACGAGGAGAAGCCUGCCUUCCGAAUUAGAAGAAGACUUAGCCAUCGAAUUUGCCUGCAAUUUCAAUUUUCAAAUCAAAAGAACUUUCACAGACCUAAAUUUUGUAAGUUUUCAGAAAAGUGCAAAAAUCUAAGACUAAACUUAGAUGUGCUUAUUCAUUCUCUAUUUGCUUUACUCCCCCCCCCCCCUCCGUGAGCGAACAAAACCAUUAGAAAAAUCGCCAUUUUUUGACCAAAAACCCACCCUCCGUGAGUGAACAAAAAAUUUUUUUAUAGAAAAAAUUUUAAUGGAAAAAAAUUUUGAUAUAUAAGUGAUAAUUAGUAUAAUGAAAUCUAGAGCUAAUUCUGUUUAAUUUUAAACAAAUUGCGUUUUAAAACAUAAAUUUUGCAAAUUAAAUUAAUAUUUGCUUCCCAAUUUUUGCAAAUUAGGAUUUUUUUAAAUUUCGAAAAAAAUAUUUUUUAUAAAAUUUAUAUAUAAAUUUUUUUUUAAAAAAAAAAAUUAACCCCCCUCCGUGAGCGAACAAAAUUUUUUUUUGUUCGCUCACGGAGGGGGGGGGGGGAGUUAGCAAUAUUUCUUAUAGGUCGCAUCAAACAUUUGAGAAAAGCUGAAAAUACUUUCAAUAUACUUCAUAUAUAAAUAAUGCCAUUUUAUUAACAAAAAAAUUUUAGGCUUUAUUUUAAUUUUAAAACACAUAGAAAACAUAGAAAGAUGUGAAUUUCGAAGGAUUUCUUGCGGUAAAGGUUCUUAUAAUUUAAUUGAAAUGGAAAAUCAGCAAUUUAUGAUGGAAGAAAGACUAAAAGUAUUUCACUCAACACUUCAAGAAGAUUCACUGAAUUUAAAGCAUAAAAGGGAAUCAAAAGAAAAAAUUGAAUACCAAAACUUCUGGGAUAAUUGAGAAAAUAAAUUCGCCUUAUCUAUGCAAAAUUGACAUGCUAAAAUGGUUUAUAGCUAAAAAAUGUCCCGGUCAGAUCGAAAUAAUACUUUGCAAAAAGUAUUCAAUACUUAGAUCGCGUUGUGUCAAGCUCUUGGAAAUCAUAAUUUGGCCAGCCUUUACGCUUUGCUUCAACACAUCGGAUAUUUUUUGCCUGAAUUCCACCUGCAAGACCAGCCCUUUGAUCCAUUAGAGCUUUUGCUUACUCCCUCCCCCAUCCUUGAUCGAACGACUGGCCAUCGUUCAAUCAAGGAUGGGGGUAAAAAAAAAGUUUUUGGGGAAAAAAAUUUUAUAAAUAAAAUAAAAAAUAUAUAUAUAUUUAUUUUUUUAUUUAGUUUUAAAUAAGAGGGUUAAGAGUAUUUAAUAAUUAUUUUUAGAGCAAAAAUUGAUAAAAAUACCAAUUUUUAAUAUUUUGAUUUAUUAGUUACCCCUUUAAACUGUAUAAAUUUUAAUUUGUUCCUUACUGAAUUAAAUUUUUUUUUUUAAAAAUUUUAAAGAAUCUCUAUUUUAUUAGAUUAUUGAGGUUUUAAGCCUAGGUUGAUGACUAAAUCACUUUGGAUCGUUGAUUUCGAAGUUUCUGUCGUCUCAAAGUCCCUGAAAACAACUUCAUUAGGUACAUCUUCCCAAGCUUUUGAUAACUAAUAUAUUUUUAUAUAUAUAAAAAUUUGCAUAUGAAAAUCGUUCGAUCAAGGAUGGGGGUUAAUUUCCCCAAUUUUUAGAAAAUUUUACAGUCAAUCGUUCGAUCAAGGAUGGGGGGGGCAGUUAGGAUAAAUAAGUUCUUUCUUAAAUGGCUCUGGCAAUUUCUUAAAAUUAUGGACAUCGCAUUAGUUGAGCCGAUAGCCUCAAGGGCGUCGAGUUCAUCAAAAAUAGUAUAUCCCGACUGGCAAAGAGGAUGAGAUUGAAUCUUCAAAGCUUAGCUGAUUUAUAAAUAUAUUUCGCGAUACCAUAAGUGUAAACCUUGAAACUUUUAAAGUAUCAACUCACAAUAUACCAAUGCUAAAUCAUAUAGCUGAAAAAAUUAGUGUGUGCCCAUUUCCAGGCAAUAAAUCCCGAUCACCUUUUUGGCUCUGUCUUUCAGAUCAUUCCCAAAGAAAAAGAGGGAUUUGUCUGUCAAUUAAAUUUGGUUUGAAAAAUUCCCCAAAUAGUAGAAUCCCAUUCAUCUUGGGGUUCUGCCAUUUGGGAAAUUAG